CUUCAUGUCCACCAGACAGUGCUGCACUUCACUAAAGGCUGCCCAAGGAGAUCGGAGGAUGAUCCUUCUCAUGUGGUGCAUGCUCGUCCCCAUCGUCUUUUCUACCAGUAUGGAGGUUGUGCUGGAUAAAAGCAGUCACCUAACGAGAUGGCGUUCGUAUGAGAUGGAAAAAGAGCAAAACACAAUCGAGAACUACAAGAGACAUUCCGAAGGAACCUUCACCAAUGACCUGACUGGCCACCUGGAUAAAAUGAAGGCCAAAGACUUUGUGGCGUGGCUGACCACCACGAAGCGAGAAGGAUGUCACGGAAAGUUCCUCCAAAUCACAGCAGAAGUGUGAGAGCAUGUUUCAUGACGUAUGAAGGAAUAUUCACAUGAAGUCAUGUAUUUUUCCAUUAAUAUUCUAAGUGAUAGCAAUAGUAGUAGUAGUAUUUGUUGAUUUAUUAAAAGAUGUAUAUUUUGUAUUUGUAUUCAAAUCAGUUUCAAAUCACUUUUUUUUAAACUGAAUUAUAUUCUUUCAGAUUUCAAUUUGAGAAUAAAGUCU